AUGUCUCCAGCACCCAUCCUCCUCCUCAAAACCAAAUCUUCCCCACACGAUGGCUACGAAGACUUCUUCUCCGCACGAGACUACAACCCCACCUUCAUCCCAGUCCUAGAACAUCGCUUCCUUAAAAACAACCUCACCCAAGUUCGCGACCUAUUCAGCACCGGCGCAUUCAAUAACAAUGCCACAGCCCCCAGAAAAUACGGCGGUCUUAUCUUCACCAGCCAGCGCGCAGUGGAGGGCUUCGCGCAGAUGAUCGAGGACGAAAAACAUGUAACCUUCAACACCCCAACAACCCCACCCCUAAUCCUCUACACCGUCGGCCCAGCCACAGCGCGCACCCUCACAACCCUCCGCGACAAACACCUCCCAGACGCCAUCAUACACGGUGCAGACACAGGGACAGGAGAGAACCUCGCGCAUUUUAUCCUCGGGCACUACGACUCCCUUUAUCCAACACACAAACCCUCGCUUCUAUUUCUUGUCGGCGAAGUGCGUAGGGAUAUCAUCCCGAAAACACUAAUGGAUGAAGCAUUACCGGUUGACAAAAGGGUUGGCGUUGACGAGCUUGUUGUGUAUGAGACGGGCGUGAUGGAGUCUUUCGAAGGGGAUUUUGCGGAUGUCGUAGGUAGGUCGGAUGGGCCGGUUUGGGUGGUUGUUUUUUCGCCGACGGGGUGUGAGGCUAUGUUGAGGGUUCUUGGGUUGGGGCCUUUUGCUGGUUCUGGUUCUGGGGCUGGGCAGGUCUUUGUUGCUACUAUUGGGCCUACGACAAGGGAUCACCUGCGUGAGAAGUUUGGGUUUGAGGCGCAUGUUUGUGCGCCGAAACCUAGCCCUGAGGGUGUGCUUGAGGGGAUUGGGGAGUUUAUGCGUAAGAUUUGA